AUGGAGGACCAUUUCUCUCGCAUGCUGGAUGCCUCAGCCACGGGAAGCGCCGUGCAGGGGACCUACAUCCCGGCCCAGCACUUCGAGGGGAAGAAGCUGGGAUACUAUUUCGCCAAGGGCAUCCAUGGUCUCGGCUAUUACAUGGACGCCGCACAAGCGAGCGACAUCAUGGACAACGACGGCGAGGGGACGGCAAGCAGGAAGCGGGCCAGGGAAGAGGACGACGAGGCGGGGCGCGACCUCCAGAACACGGGAAAGCAGGAUCCCGUAAGGUUCGAAGACAUGGCCCUGGAGGAUCUCGACGAGGAGGCGAUUGCCAGGAUGCUGGAAGAGGCGGAUAAGGAGGAAGUGAGCGAGUUGGACGCCACGGGAGUUAAGCAGCUGCUGUUGCUGCUAGAGCGCAAGAUCAACCGCAACCAGAUGAUGCGGGUAAAGUUCCCCGAGCAGCCGGCGAGGUUCGUCGACUCCGAGAAAAGGCGACAAGAAGGUUAUGUGUGUUGUUGGAGGGGGGGUCCUGCAUCCGAGGUUGAACUCGACGCAGCAAUCAAGAGUCUCUCUGUCGUAGCCGCCGCGCCGGAGCUUUACCCCGCUUUGGUUGACGCCGGAGCCGUGAAUUCCUUGCUUGGGCUAUUGACCCACGACAACACGGACAUCUCCAUCACCGUGCUGCUGCUGCUGCAGGAGCUGACGGACUCGGACGUUCUGAGCGAGAGAGAAGAGGCAUCUGUAAUCGUCGACGCGAUCGUCGACAAGCUGGGCCUGGAGCUGUUGGUACAAAACCUUAGCCGGCUGGACGAGUCCAACGAGGAGGAUGCCAAGGGCGUCAACACCACCAUGGGGGUGCUGGAAAACCUUUUGGAGGCACGUCCAACCCUGGGACCGACGCUGUGCGAGCCGCCGAUGAGCGUGCUGCGGUUCCUGCUGAAGAGGCUCCAGGUGAAGAAGUUCGACGAGAACAAGCUCUACUGCUCCGAGAUCCUGGCCAUGCUCGUCAACGGCGACACGGACGUCCAGAAGAGACUGGGCCUGUUGCAAGGGAUGGACGGCAUCGACCGGCUGCUGCAAAUCGUGGCCUACUACCGCCGUCGCCAACCCCAGUCUCCGGAGGAAGAGGAGUGCGUCGAGAACUUGUUCGACGCCCUGGCGGCGGCGCUCUUGGUUCCGGACAACCAGCAGCGGUUCCGCAAAGGCGAGGGUUUCGAGCUCAUGCUUCGGUGCUUGCGAGAGAAGAAGCACGCGGCGUGGUGUGCGGUGAAGGUGCUAGACUUUGCCCUCACGGACGACAGCAGCAACUGCGAGAGGCUGGUGGAGGUGGGCGGGCUGAAGGCGGUGCUGCCCGUGUUCAUGGGGAGGGGCGCCGCGCGCAAGCUGCGCCAGAAGCGAUUUCGAGAUGGGUGA